AAAACACACAUUCACAUUUAGAUACUGAGGAUUUUUACUCUUGAAAAAACGACCAUCUUGUGGAUAUUUCUCACACUUUUAAAGUGGAAAUGUCCUCUGUAACAUCUGCAUCUCUCUGCUGGACUUUACUUUUUGCUUACCUCUUCUGUGUCUCUGCAGACCAGAAAAACAUCAAAGCAGUGUUUGGACAGACGGUCACUCUGCCAUGUCAAGCUCCAAAAAACAACAAGUCCAUCAUUGCUGCAGAGUGGAGCAGAAAUGAUCUUGGGGAUAAAUAUUUACUUUUGUACUGGAAAGAGCAGUUUGAUCCAACCAACCAGCAUCCAUCUUUUAAGAACCGGGUUGAUCUGCAGGACAGACAGAUGAAGGAUGGAGACGUGUCCUUGAUUCUGAAGGAAGUGACGACUGCGGACAGUGGAACAUACGAGUGUCGUGUUGUACAGAGAGGAACAAAUAUGGAUGAUGAAACCAUCAGCACCAUCUACCUUAGAGUCGUUGCUCAAGGUAAGACAGUAGAUUGUGAUCAGAGGACAGGUUGAUUCCCUCAUGUGGCUACAGAACUAUACAAAGGCCAGAGACAGGACAGAUCUAUUUUUCUCAAAUGGACAUACUUGGUUAAAUACAGUAGGCAAAGAGCCACAUGUCUACCAACACGCAUGGUGCUCAGUGAUGAUUAAUUUUUAAUAAGACAAACUAUUUCUUAGCAAGAAGCCAUGUUUCAAAA